CAGCAGAAUCUACGGCCUCAAGCUAGCCGCUGCUCCUCAUUCUCACCGCUAAUCCCAACCGCACUCCUCAACCUUGUCGCUCCUCACAGUUAAACAGCAUCAUCACAGAGAGGAAAAGAAAGAAAACUAUUUCAAUCUGUUGUUUCACUCCAUUAUCACCUAACUUGCAAGUGUUAAAGCAGCUUCAUUAUAACAACCCUAAGUCUGCUGCAGCUCUAAUGGACACCAAGAGUGGUCCUUCGCUGUUCAUUUCGAGAGCUUCACAGUUCAACCUAUGUCCAGCCUUCUAGCUUUAAUGUGUACUAUAAUAUAGUAUAUAAUGACCUGGAAAACCUAUUGCUUGAUUUAACCGUCUCCAAAUGCAUCGGUCCAUUGCCAUUUUCACCCAGAAGAUUCUUACUAAUUCCAGUCUUAUCACCACCACCACCACUACUGCUACAUUUUUAUUCUCUCACUCCAAUACCUUAAACCCCAGGGCUAAUGGUUUUGCUUUAUUUCGCUUAUUCUCAUUUGUCCCAAGGCAACGACAGGCUCCAGAUCCGGAUGAUCCAUCCACCCUGAUGAAGGAAGAUGGUGUGGCAGUUUGCUCCCAGAUGUGGAUUGAGAACUUCCGUGAACCUGAUAGGAUAGCAAACAAUUUGACCUCUUAUCUUCGACGUUUUGAAUUGUGGGUAUUGGCUUAUCAAAAGGUUUGUGCUGAUGAAAUGGGAGCAUAUAUGCCCCGUAGUGCAAUUCAAAGGUCUGCAUUGGAGGAUUUGUUAGUGCUUAGAAAUGCAGUUCUGGACGAUAGAUUUAAGUGGGGUGCGAGGCUUCAGUUUUUUAUCAAGUCUCCAAGGGACAAGACAGAUUAUGAAUCUUUGUCAAAGAGAAAGAUUAAGGCAAUUUUGACAACUACACAACCUGCUCCAUUUCAGGAUAAGAUUGUUCAGGAGGUGCUGUUUAUGAUAUUGGAGCCUAUAUAUGAAGCACGUUUUUUACAAAAUUCUUAUGCAUUUAGGCCUGGUAGGAGUGCACAUACAGCAUUGAGGGUGAUUAGAAGGAGUUUUGCUGGAUAUCUGUGGUAUAUCAAAGGGGAUUUGAGUACAGUUUUGGAUGGCAUGAAGGUGGGGUUAGUGAUAAGUGCUUUGAUGAGGGAUGUGAGGGAUAAGAAAGUGAUUGAUUUGGUGAAGUCAGCAUUGACUACACCUGUGAUUACAAGUAGUGUGGAAGAACCAAAGAAGAAGAAAAAGAGGAAGUAUCAAAAAAAGAGGGUUUUGGCGGAGGAUGAGCCAAAACCAGAUCCAUAUUGGUUAGAGACCUUUUUUGGGUUUGCACCCGAGGAGGCCGAGAAGGUUCCUUCUUGGGGCCAUUGUGGGAUUCUUAGCCCCCUUUUGGCUAAUAUCUGCCUUGAUGAAUUGGACCGAUGGAUGGAAGGUAAGAUUCAGGAGUUCUACCGUCCUUCAAAAAGUGAUGUUAUAUGGAAUAGUCCAGAAGGGGAAGCAGAACAGGGAAAUACGUCUUGGCCAGAAUUUGUGCCAACAAGUGGCCCAGAUAAGACCCGAAAGAUGGAUUAUAUAAGAUACGGGGGUCACAUUUUGAUUGGUGUUCGGGGGCCUAGAGCAGAUGCGGCUACAUUGAGAAAACAAUUGAUUGAGUUCGUUGAUCAGAAAUACUUCCUCAAGCUUGACAAUGAGAGCCUCCCUAUAGAACAUAUAACUAAGGGUAUAAUGUUUCUUGACCAUGUUUUGUGCCGAAGAGUUGUGUAUCCAACUCUUCGGUACACUGCCACUGGUGGAAAGAUCAUUAGUGAAAAGGGCGUUGGUACCCUUUUGUCAGUCACAGCAAGCUUGAAACAAUGCAUUAAGCAAUUCAGGAAGUUGAACUUUCUGAAAGGAGACAGGGAUCCAGACCCACAGCCUUGCUUUAGGAUGUUCCAUGCUACUCAAGCUCACACCAAUGCACAAAUGAACAAGUUUUUGUCAACAAUGGUCGAGUGGUAUAGGUAUGCUGAUAAUCGGAAGAAAGUUGUUAACUUCUGUUCUUACAUAGUAAGAGGUUCACUUGCAAAGCUUUAUGCUGCAAAAUACAAGCUUCGGUCUCGUGCAAAAGUGUAUAAAAUUGGUUCUCGGAAUUUGAGUCGUCCUUUGAAGGAAAAGAAAGGAUCAUCGCCCGAGUAUCACAAUUUGCUAAGGAUGGGCCUUGUUGAGUCAGUUGAUGGCCUUCAAUAUACCAGGAUGUCUCUUGUACCUGAGACUGAUUACACUCCUUUUCCAAGUAACUGGAGACCAAAUCAUGAGAAGGCACUGGUCGAAUAUAUAAGAUUGGAUGAUACAAAAACUCUUGAGGAGCUACGAUGUUGCAUGAGGGAACAAGGUCUGGUUUCACCUCAGGACUAUAUUUCGAUGCUCGUUUGGAACUACAAAAGAAAUGCUAUUGUAAUAGAUCGUAAUUCCCUUAGUAGUGGCAAUAACACAGAAAAAGAGCAACAGUUGCUACUGAGCCCCGAUCAUGAGAAUGAUGAACAGAAAAGCAAAGAAGAUGAAGAGCAUGAAGAUGGGUUUUAUGCGGCACAAAUGUAAAGAUAAAUAGUACUGUAAUGGAAGAGCAGAAUUUUUGUAAGCGCGCUUCAUACUCUUUAGAGAAAGCAAAGCAGAAUGAGCUUCUUCUGCAAUAAGCUAAAUUGCUUCAUGAUUGAAGAACUGCAGAAUUUAUUGUACAAAUUCUGAUAUAUUUAUUAAAUUUUAAGUUCAGAUGAUUCAGCUGAA